AUGGUUCUUCGCGAAGUAUACCCCAUGAGGCCCUCUUCGUUGUGGUUAAUCGUCGUGGCGCUCUGCCAAGUCCUGGCAGUUCAGGCGGCGUCGAAUUACAUGGAUCAGUCGUUCUACUUUGACUAUACCCCAUCUUCAGAAGCGAUAGCUGUUCCAGUGACGGCUCAAUGCGAGACGAUACAUAUUGCAUGGGAACGUACGGCAUCAUCUACGGGCCCAAGUCCUUCUGCCCCGUACUUUCUCCAAGUAUACACUUCUGCUUUCGUGUUUCCGUUCAUUAUCCCAGCCGGUAGCGAUGUAACUUUUGACUGGGAAGUACCUUUUGGGCCCGGAACGCUAUAUCAGGUGUGUAUGUUCGACAAGAACGGUUACACGGGAGGAUGUCAACAGGUCUACACGAUGAUUGCCAAUACCACCACCAAUUCCCCGUCAUGUUCAAAUGCUUCCUUCCCGCUCGGACCUUUAGAUAUCGAUGCACAGGUGCAAGAUGGACCGCUAUCUCAGUAUGGUUGGGUGAAUCAGUGCACUGAUAUCGCAAUCACACCGAAGAAUGGCACUCCUCCCUAUACCCUGACUAUAGCGCCUACGCUUCACCCACCACGCAACAUUACGAUUAACGACAUGAGCACUGUAAACUGGACCGUUGAUCUCUCAUGGGCAUCACCAUUCUUCAUCAGCGUCGUCGAUUCCCAGUUUAAUUAUUGGUCAUACGGGCCUCUUCAUAGCGGCGGUGACGGAUCUACCGCAUGUCUUACGCAAGGUGAUGUAGGUUCUAGUUCAUCAAAUGGUCUGUCCACUGGGGGAGCUGUAGGCGUCGGCAUAGGCGGUCUAGUCGCCGGUUCACUUGCAGGUGCACUUAUCGCUUUCUUCUUCCUCCGACGUCGAUCGCACAAAGACUAUUCACCGUCUUCGUCGAGCCUCGAUAAUCUCGGACAUGUAGCAUCAUACCAUCCCGCACCUACAUCACCUGUUCGUCACUCUCCACUACAAAAUGGCUCGUAUCAGAUCGAACCUUUCACGAUGGCAGGAGAGGUCCGGAACCCUGAGUUGCGCACUUCUCCGAGCACUACAGAGUUUGGAGUAGUUUCAUCCACUUCAUCCCCUCCCUCGACGCGGCAAGCGGGUCAGGUGUAUGUGGUACACCAUGAUGGUGGGAGGGCUCCUGUUACUGUGUACCAUGAGGAUGGUACGCAAGUGGUGGAGCUACCACCGCGAUACGCCGAUGAGACAGACCAAAGUCCCGCAACUUCUGAUGCAAGGAGUAGAAGCGACGUCGGGAGUGGAAGCGAUGGUGUUCGUUCGAGCGGUGAUGGACUAGGUUCAGUGCUCAAUCCAACACGGCGACCAAGAAGCGCCCCUCGCAAGAAUCCUUCUCUCAACGCUCUACGCAGUCCGACAUGA